CGUGUGUGGGGGAGCAGAAAGCGGCAGAGAGAGAGAGUCCCUCGGCCGCGGCGAGAGAGGACGUGGAAUAUUAUGGGAUAUCUGACGUUUAGGAACAUCCGAGGAAGAGGAUAAGGGGGGAGAUCAUCAGGAGCUCCGGUGGCAGCUAUGGAUUCCUUCCUCCCAGAGAAUCAAUACAGAGUUUCCAGAGCCAUUUACUCUAAUACCACAUUUGAGGACGACCAUGAAAGACAGACCCGCGAGGAAAAGACUGUCAUGGAAAGGCUCAAGCACAAGUGUGGGAGCUGUUCAGGUAGGCAGACCCUCGAGAUGCUGAACGGAGUCUUUCCUGUGAUUGAUUGGCUCUCCAGAUACCCAGUCAGAGAAUGGCUUCCUAGUGACGUCAUCUCCGGCAUCAGCACUGGUCUGGUUUGCAGUUUACAAGGUAUGGCCUAUGCUCUGUUGGUGUCAGUGGCUCCAAUCUAUGGACUCUACUCAGCUUUCUUCCCCAUCCUCACUUACUUCCUCCUGGGUACCUCUCGACACAUUUCUGUGGGCCCGUUCCCUGUCACCUGUCAGAUGGUGGGCUCUGUGGUGUUAACCCUCGUCCCCGAGAACCACUUCCUGCCUGCUGUGAACAAAACCAUGGAUGUAAACGGAACAGCCGCCGGUGGGCUAAAGGUAGAUACGGUGGCCAUGGAGACUCAGAGAAUCAUGGUAGCCUCCACCAUGACCGUACUGGCUGGGAUUUUUCAGGUGCUGAUGGGAUUGCUCCAUGUCGGCUUCCUGGUGCGUUACCUGUCAGACCCAUUGGUAGGAGGCUUCACCACAGCGGCUGCCUUCCAUGUCCUUGUCUCCCAGCUGAAAAUUGUGCUGUCGGUCCCCACCAGUAAUCACAACGGGCUGUUCUCUGUCUUUUAUACGCUGAUCGAUGUUUUCACCAACAUCAGACAAACCAACAUGGCCGACCUGGUGGCCGGCGUAGUCACAGUUGUCAUUGUGAUGGUCGUCAAGGAGAUCAACACUAAAUUCCAGCACAGGAUUCCGGUGCCCAUCCCCAUCGAAGUCAUUGUGACGGUGGCUGCGGUGGGGAUUUCAUACGCCAUGGAUCUGGAGUCUUGCUACGGCGCCAGCAUUGUCCGCACCAUCCCCAGGGGGUUUGUUGCCCCUCGUCCUCCGAACACGUCGCUGUGGUUUGACAUUCUGAGCUCCAGUUUCUCCACCGCGGUGGUGGGCUACGCUGUGGCCAUCUCCGUGGCCAAGGUCUACGCUGCUAAACACGACUACAUCAUCAAUGGCAAUCAGGAGCUGAUAGCGUUUGGCUUCAGUAACGUCUUCUGUGGCUGCUUCUCCAGUUUCAUGGCCAGCACUGCUCUGUCGCGCACGGCUGUACAGGAGAGCACGGGAGGCAAGAGUCAGGUGGCUGGUGUCGUCUCUGCCCUGAUGGUGAUGAUUGUGAUCCUGGCUCUGGGAAACCUCUUAGAGCCUCUACAGAAGUCGGUGCUGGCGGCCAUUGUCAUCGCUAACCUGAAAGGAAUGUUCCUGCAGGUGGCACAGGUGCCACAACUCUGGACACACAACAGAGCCGACUGUUUUAUCUGGCUGGCGACAUGCCUGGCGUCAGUGGUGCUGGGCUUGGACAUCGGGCUGUUGGCUGGCCUGGUGUUUGAGAUGGGAACCGUGGUGGUCAGGACUCAGUUUCCUACGUGCUCCACGCUCGGCAAUGUCCCUGGCACCAACAUUUACAGAAACCUGAAAGACUACAGACAUAUUUCUGAAAUUCCAGGGGUUAAGAUUUUCAAGUGCAAUUCUCCCAUCUACUUCGCCAACACUGACUACUUCAAAGAGCAGCUGACGGCCGCGGUGGGGUUUGAUGCUGUCAAAGUGUUUAAAAAGAGAUGCAAAGCUCUGAAGAAGAUCUACAAGCUCAUUAAAAAACGCCAGCUGAAGGUGACGGAGACGGGAGCAGUCAUCUCUGAGGUGGAUCUGGGCAUGGAGAACAAAGCAUUUGAAAAGGAGCGGGACUUGGGACAGUCUGGAUAUGGGGAUUGGGCCUCACCAGAGGUGGCAGUGCAUGUGGAUUGGGCCUCGGAGCUGCCGGUCAAGGUCACGGUGCCAAAGGUCCACAUCCAAAGCCUCGUUCUGGACUUCUCAGCUGUUUCCUUCCUGGACGUGGUGGCGGUGAAAUGUCUAAGACUGAUCAUCAAAGAAUUCUUGCGCAUCGGAGUCAACGUUUACAUUGCAAGCUGUGAUGAUGAAAUCGUGCUGAAAAUGGAGGCCUUGGCCUUCUUUGACGAGACCGUGACGCGAGACAUCCUCUUUGUCUCCGUCCAUGAUGCCAUCCUCUUCAUCAACCUCGAGACGGCCAAAGUGAACACGGGAGGCGCCUCGGUGGAAAGGCUUUCUGUGCUGCCGGACAGUAAGGAGACACCGCCUUUUGUGGAGGAAGAGGACCUGAUUGAAACAUAUGAUAACCAGCAAGGGGCAAUCCACGGACUUUCCAACUGACGAAGGAAAACUGAGAUGGCGCCAAAGGUGCCGGUAUCUGCGCAUGUGUCCCGACAGAGAUCUUCCUCGAAGUGUUUGGAAAGCGGCUCCCAACAGCUGCCUUUAGGAGUGACAGCGAACACUGAGAUUGUACAGAUGUCAUUUAUUCAUUUUUGACAUUUUCACCCUUCUUACAGAAUAAUUCAUACACCCUUCUGCCAUGCAGAAGUGGGACUCUUUUUUUUUUCUCUUUUGUUUUACUCAGCGAGAAAAAGAUGACAGCAUUACACGCUCCUCUUCUUUUUUCUUUUGUUGUUGGAGUUUUCCUCCUUUUCCUCCCCAAUUGUAUCUGUCCAAUUACCCCACAAUCCCCUGUCCCGGUCACUGCUCCGCCCCCUCUGCCGAUCCGGGGAGGGCUGCAGACGACCACAUGCCUCCUCUGAUAUGUACAUGUGGAGUCGCCAGCCACUUCUUUUCACCUGACAGUGAGGAGUUUCACCAGGGGGACAUAGCGCGUAGGAGGAUCACACUGUUCCCCCCAGUUCCCCCUCCACCCCGAAUAGGCGCUAUGACCGACCAGAGGAGGCGCUAGUGCAGCGACCAGGACACAUACCAGGACCAGGACACAUCCGGCUUCCCACCCGCAGACACGGCCAAUUGUGUCCGUAGGGACGCCCAACCAAGCCGGAGCUAACACGGGGAUUCGAACUGACGAUCCCUGUGUUGGUAAGCAACAGAAUAGACCGCUCUGCCACCCGGACGCCCUACACGCUCCUCUUCUAUAAUUCUUCCAAUAUGGCUGAAUCCAGCGUUACCACCAGGCCCGUCUCAUGACUGCAAGUGAAGUUAAAGAUGGCAGACUGCCCCCCCUGCUGUACAGUCCAGGGGGCCACGAAGAGACUUGGUGCUUGAGAACAUGACAAUCAAUGGUGUGUUUGACCAAAAUCUUGUUCACAAACAGAAAGAGAAGACACCUAAAUCAUUCCACCGGCUUCUACUUCAAGGAUCUAGCAUUCAAAGUAUAUUUGAAUACAAACCUCCAUAUUUUCUGUUAGUCUGCGAUGGUGACACUUCCAAACGGACAAUAUCCAGAAGCAGAGAUCUUCAUAUUUGACCAAGACGGGGGGGAAAAAAACUGAGUCAUCACUUACUUGCAAAGGAAAAAUGCUGCAUACACAAUCACUCGUGAAUGCUCAUUUUUGGUUUGAACAUAUUUCCAUUUCACUUGAUGUCAGACUUCCCAUUUGUUAAACUCCAGUGGGACUCAGCAACUCUGAUUUCCCCCAAAAGAUGGUUACAUGACGCCAUGCAGAAAUGGCGGCACGCAAGGUCAAGUAAAGCAUGUACAAUAAACAAACCAUCCUAAGGAAAUUGUAAGCUAUUAAAAUGUAUUGUCGAGUCGAAUUUUCUACAUGGCAUGAAAAUAAAACCUGUUUUGUU